AUGGGUCAGACAGUUGUAACCCCCUUAAGUUUAACCUUGGAUCAUUGGAAAGAAGUUCGAAGCAUCGCUUCAAACCACUCAGUGGAUGUCAAGAAGGGAAAAUGGCAAACUUUCUGUUCUGCGGAAUGGCCCACCUGUAAUGUGGGCUGGCCAAGGGAUGGGACCUUUAACCUCACUACUAUUUUACAGGUGAAAGCAAAGGUGUUCGAUCGCGGUCCACAUGGACAACCGGACUAUGUCCCCUAUAUAGUCACCUGGGAGAGUCUAGCGGUUGACCCGCCACUAUGGGUUGCCCCUUUUAUCCCCCCCCAACCUGCCCCGCUGCUGCCUCUCCCUGCCCCUACUUCCUCCUCUUGUUGUCCGGUUGAUACCAAGAAGCAGCCCCUGAAACCGGUACUUCCCCCGGACCCCAAUACCCCCCUUAUAGAUCUCCUCUCGGAAGGACCCCCUCCCUAUGGAUCCCAAACCCAGGCACCAGCCGCGCCGCCCCAACCGCCCCUUCGCCCCCCCCUUGCACUCCCUUCCCCAGUGGCUGGACGCCUACGGAGCCACCGAGAGCAGCCACCACAGGGGGAGACUUCACAAGCCUUUCCCUUGAGGCAAGGGCCAGGGGACCAGAUUCAAUACUGGCCUUUCUCUGCUUCAGAUUUAUAUAAUUGGCGGACCCACAACCCGCCUUUCUCUAAGGACCCUACCACAUUAACUAACCUGAUUGAGUCUAUUUUAGUCACCCAUCAACCCACUUGGGAUGACUGCCAACAGCUCCUACAGGCUCUUCUCACGUCAGAAGAAAAGCAGAGGGUCUUCCUGGAAGCCCGAAAGAAUGUACCAGGCGACGAUGGGAGACCUACCCAGAUACUAGAUGAGAUCAAUGACACUUUCCCUUUGACUCGCCCUGAAUGGGAUCACACCUCAGCAGACGGUAGGGGGCACCUACGCCUUUAUCGCCAGUUGCUCAUAGCGGGCCUCCGUGGCGCUGGGCGCCACCCUACUAAUUUGGCCAAGGUAAAGCAAGUUUUACAAAAACCAGAUGAGUCUCCUGCUGCCUUUCUAGAGAGAAUUAAAGAAGCCUAUCGCAUGUACACCCCCUAUGAUCCGGAAGAUCCAGAUCAGGGGGUAAAUGUAUCCAUGACUUUUAUUUGGCAGUCCGCCCCAGAUAUUAGAAAUAAGCUCCAGAGAUUAGACAAUUUACAGGGACAGACUCUCCAGGAUUUAUUAAAGGAAGCAGAGAGGAUUUUUAAUAAACGAGAGACAGCAGAAGAGGGAGAGGACCGCUUACGCAGGGAGGCAGAGGAUAGAGAAGACAAGCUUAGAAAAGAAGCAGAAGAAAGGGAAAAUGCUAGGGAACGCCCUAACCCCGUAUUACCAGACCAAAAACCUAUUCCCCGGCCCCCUUCACCAUUAGUCGAUAUUCCAAAGCCCACUAACAUCGUAAUUGCCUCAUCCCCUCCUGCUACUGCGCCCCCUAGGCCCUCAUCCCUACACCAAGGGACGGGUGACUGUCUGUUCAACCUGAUAAAAGGAGCUUACUCCUCCUUAAAUGCCUCAGACAGUGACUGUGCCAAGGACUGUUGGCUCUGUUUAACCUCCAACCCCCCUUAUUAUGAAGGCUAG